AACCUCACCUCAACUGCCUCUCUACACACAUAAGGUAGGUAAGUACUGUAGAUACAUCAUCAACAACAUCAAUCACUAUCUCAAAACCUCAGCUCCUCGCACUCCCGCCAGAUCACAAACCAGCAUGACCUGCCAAAGAAUAACCUAGUCGACAAUAUCAUGCUGAAUGAUGUCGGCUCCGAAUCCAGAGCUAAGGCGGCAAGUCAUCGCCAUAUACAAAGAACUCCUGCAUCUAGGGAAAGAAUACCCCCUGGGCUUCUCCUACUUUCGACCCCGAUUACAUCGCGCAUUCACAGCAAAUGCGCACAUACGAAGCGAGGAAGAUAUCCGGAAAGGAAUAAAGAGGGCCGAGUUCGUCAAGAGAGAAAUUGAAGCUCUCCGUGUCCUAGCCCAUUCCCUCACACAAUUUCCAAAUAAAACAAUUAUGCGCACUGGCACGUCUACACCAUCAGAAUGUCGAACCCGAAUGAAUAUGCAGCCCUUCAAACCCACAAUUUCGAAACUUAGGGAAAAGUGGCACACGGUUCUUCCUGGGCAUGGUGCUGGGGAGCGGUGUAGCUCUCCUCUCCAUUCCUUUUCGAUUUCAAACACCAGCCAAGUAGUGCAUUGAAAAGGGACUGUGCUGACAACAAAACGCUAUGCAGAUACUAUCUCAAAAGGUAUCGGACGCUGAGAAAAAGAUACGACGGCGCGUAGCAUAAGAAUAGAAACAGAAGGGGAACGAAGAGAAAAUAGUAAAGGAAACUGGUCUAAAAUUGAAAUCCAUAUUAA